UAGAAGAAGAAAUAUUAACCUAAAAAUUAUAAUUGUCAAAAUGUUAAAUAAAUAAAGACAUGCCUUAUAAUGUACAGACAAGUGGGAAAAAUAAACUCUCCCCUGAGAUACACGAUUAGAAAUCUCCUGGGGAAAAAUGUGACCAAAGACAACUCUCAACAAAACACCAAAUUUUACUCGACUUUCAAUAAAAAACUCGACAUUUCUAAGCUGUUAGUGCCUAAAUAUGUUAAACAUAUUAACCGUGAGUACAGUGCUGUUUGUGCAUUGCUUCAUCGUUCUGGUCUAAAAGACAUAAACAGUCUCACUGCUUGUUUGCAGUCUCGUCAGUUUAGUGGAAACUCUAGUCCUAAGCAACAGAAAGCGGCGAAACCAAACAAUAAUGACCCUAAUAAGCCUGAUGGUGAUGAUGACAAAGAUAAAAUAUCAUCACUGUUGGCAAAGGCAUUCCUUUGGAUGCUUACAGCUUAUAUGGUCAUAGCAAUUAUUUCACUGAUGUUUCCUAGUAGUAAUCAACCAGAGAUUAUUCGCUAUGUGUCUUGGAAUGAGUUUCUGUAUCAAAUGCUUGCCAAAGGUGAGGUGGAAGAGAUUAUAGUUAGACCAGAUAUAGAUAUUGUUACUAUUAUAUUAUAUGAUGGAGCUGUCGUCAAAGGAAAAAGAGUAGACAAUAAAACCUACCACAUGAAUGUAGUUGACAUAAAUAAAUUUGAAGAUAAGUUGAGAGAGGCUGAAAGGAGAAUUGGCAUUAUUGAUGGAGUUCCAGUUACAUAUGAAAGGGGAACUGACACUGCAGGGAAACUCUUGAUUUCUUUGUUAGUGGUUGGAAUUCUGAUAUCAUUAUUAGCCAGAAGUAAAAGUAUAAGACCUCCAAUCAGUAUGGACACAUUUACACAAUUGGGGAGAGCUAAAUUUACACUGGUUGAUCCAUUAACUGGUCCUGGAAAGGGGGUGCACUUCAAUGAUGUCGCCGGUUUAAGAGAGGCAAAACAAGAAGUAAAAGAGUUCGUGGAUUACCUUAAAAGACCGGAACAUUAUAAAAUGUUGGGCGCCAAAGUACCAAAAGGUGCGCUCCUUUUGGGACCUCCAGGAUGUGGCAAAACGUUGUUGGCGAAGGCUGUGGCUACUGAAUCCAAUGUACCAUUCUUGUCCAUGAAUGGAUCUGAAUUCAUAGAGAUGAUUGGUGGAUUAGGGGCGGCUAGAGUCAGAGAUCUCUUCAAAGAAGCUCGCAAACGAGCUCCGUGUAUAAUAUAUAUUGAUGAGAUUGACGCUGUCGGGAGGAAGAGAAGCGGGCAGUUGGGAGGGACUGAAACAGCCAGUGGUGAAAGUGAACAAACCUUAAAUCAACUCCUUGUGGAAAUGGAUGGUAUGAGCAGCAAGGAAAGCAUUAUCAUGUUAGCUUCCACCAACAGAGCUGAUAUUCUGGAUAAGGCUUUACUUCGACCGGGUAGAUUCGACCGACACAUCCUGAUAGACUUCCCGGAUUUAGAAGAGAGGAAGCAGAUUUUCGAGCAACAUUUGAAGAGCAUAUCGUUGGAACACUCACCUGAAACUUACUCAAAACGAUUAGCUUAUCUCACGCCCGGCUUUAGCGGUGCCGACAUAGCGAAUGUGUGUAACGAAGCAGCACUUCAUGCCGCCAGACUUAAGCAGAAGCAAGUCACUAGGACUAAUUUAGAAUAUGCUGUGGAGAGGCUAGUAGGUGGAACUGAAAAGAGAAACCAUGCAAUGUCUCCUCAGGAAAAAAGAGUGGUUGCUUAUCACGAAUCUGGACACGCUUUGGUAGGAUGGAUGCUAAAGCACACUGAUGCUCUGCUGAAGGUUACAAUUGUGCCCAGAACCACAUUGGCACUCGGAUUUGCCCAGUAUAUUCCCAGAGAUCAAAAACUUUACUCAAAAGAAGAGCUUUUCGAUCGUAUGUGCAUGACGUUAGGUGGUCGAGUAGCAGAAUCUUUAAUAUUCAAUAGAGUGACAACUGGUGCGCAGAACGACCUUGAAAAGGUUACAAAGAUGGCAUACGCGCAGAUUAAAGAAUACGGAAUGAAUUCGCACGUGGGUCUUGUGUGUUUCCCCGAACAGGAAGAGAAACAACUCGGAAGACGGCCGUACAGUAAACAAUUCGCCAGCAUUAUUGAUGUGGAAGCCCGCCAAUUAAUAGGACAAGCGUACAGAGCUACAGAAGAACUGUUGCAAAAACAUAAAACACAAUUGGAACUUUUGGCGGAAACUUUGUUGAAAAAAGAAACUUUGAAUUAUGACGAUGUGGAAAAGUUGCUAGGACCACCACCACAUGGCAAUAAACGAUUAAUAGAUCCAGCCGAAUUCGAAGAGACAUUGAGGAAAGAUGUCGGUGACACUCAACAAAGUGCGAAUGCGCAGGCUAGCUCGACAGAAUCACAAUCAGUGAAACAAUAGUACUACUUAAAAUUGUAAAAAUAUUUGUUUGAUAAAACAUUUUUUCACUAUGUAA